UGCGUCAUCGCGGCUCUGUCUCUGCUCUGGUCUGCUGGCUGGUGAUUUUUUCGCAUUUGAAAGUAAUUUUUCGUCCCGUCGAGAUCUAAUCCGUGUCAUCAUCCAUCGUGGAUUCGUGGAUCCAUCAGAAAAGUGCUUCGGUCGAUUCGAUUGUUACGGUAUUUUCGUCGAUACGUGGAGUGUUGUUGCAAGUGGCCGUGUUUCGGUACGUGACGUGGCGGAAAACUACGCGAAAAGUGUCGUCGUCCUGCUUGAGGGGGCCUCCUUCGAAAGUUUGUGGUGGAAAUUCCGGAAGGUUUUUUUUUCUUUACUACGGUGGAGCUGCUGCUGCUUCUUUGGGAGUGCUUUGCUGUAAAUCUACCGGAAGUGUUAUCAACAAUAUCACUUCGUGAAACAGUGUGUAUGAGUGUCACCGUUUUCGUAUGAAGAUUACAAAAUCUACUAGUGUUGGCUAGCGGUAUCGAAGAGAAGUGUCUGGAAUUGUGUGAAGUGAUAAAAGCUAGAAAUUGAGUUCCAAAUUGUGAUUUCAACGUAUGAAGAAAUCGUAGAAAACGACGACGGCAAAUCGUCGUCAUCGUCAUCAUCAUCCUUAGCGCCAGCCAUCACCGAGAAGUGCACACUUGAUUUACAACCGAUUUGAUUGGAUUUCGCGUACAGUGCAAUAGUGUGCCUAAGGAAAUUGGCGUCAAAGUGGCAACAGGAGACGAAGACGUCGACGUUUUGAACGGAGGUUUUUGGCGGCUGGAGGUGGAGAAUAAGAAUUCCAUUAAGUAGAGAACAUCCCGGAUAUCUAGAGCAUCCAGGGCGCUAAAGAUGAAUGCCUCCGAUCAUGGGUUCAAUCCAGCAUUUAACAUGGCCACCAUAAGACAGGCGAUCAACGAUACGAUAGAACGAGACUUUGGUGCUCUUCUCAAAACAGUGCGCAUCCCGACGCCAACCCGCCUGCGUGACCUCAUCCGACAGAUCCGCGCCGCCCGAACAGCAGCCGAAGAACGGGCCGUGGUCAAUCGAGAGUGCGCCUACAUCCGCGGAACAUUCCGAGAGGAGGACUCGGUGUGGCGAUGUCGGAACAUUGCCAAACUUCUGUACAUUCACAUGCUCGGCUAUCCGGCGCACUUUGGCCAGCUCGAGUGCCUCAAACUGACCGCCAGUCCCCGGUUCACAGACAAACGGAUCGGCUAUCUGGGGGCGAUGCUACUGCUGGACGAACGGCAAGACGUUCACCUGCUGAUCACCAACUGCUUAAAGAAUGACCUCAACAGUACGACCCAGUUUGUGGUGGGUCUGGCGCUGUGUACCCUGGGAGCCAUCGCGUCGCCGGAGAUGGCCCGUGAUUUGGCCGGUGAGGUGGAAAAGCUGAUGCGCUCGCCCAAUGCGUACAUUCGGAAAAAAGCUGCCCUCUGUGCAUUUCGGAUCAUCAAAAGGGUCCCGGAGCUGAUGGAGAUAUUCCUGCCGGCGACCCGAUCACUGCUGAACGAGAAGAAUCAUGGUAUCCUAAUCGCCGGCGUCACCCUCAUCACGGAAAUGUGCGAGAAGAGCCAGGACACGUUGAAUCACUUCAAAAAGGAUAGUGGAAAUCAAGAGAUUGUCCCCAAUCUGGUGCGGAUCCUUAAAAAUCUAAUCCUCGCUGGUUACUCACCGGAGCACGACGUGAGUGGGGUGAGCGAUCCAUUCCUGCAGGUGAAAAUCCUCCGAUUACUGAGAAUACUGGGCCACAACGACCCGGAUGCUUCGGAGGCGAUGAACGACAUCCUCGCACAGGUCGCCACCAACACCGAGACGAGUAAAAACGUUGGCAACACAAUCCUGUACGAAACGGUGCUGUCCAUUAUGGAUAUCAAAUCCGAAGGUGGCCUCCGAGUGCUGGCAGUCAACAUUCUCGGUCGAUUCCUGCUGAACAGCGACAAGAACAUCCGCUACGUGGCCCUCAAUACGCUUCUGCGGACGGUUCAUGCCGAUAUCAGUGCCGUCCAGCGGCAUCGUAGCACCAUUUUGGAAUGCCUCAAGGAUCCGGACGUUUCGAUUCGACGGCGGGCGAUGGAGCUCUCGUUUGCCCUGAUCAACUCACAGAACAUCCGGGCCAUGUCCAAGGAGCUGUUGAUCUUCCUGGAGAAGGCGGACGCCGAGUUCAAGGCGCAGUGCAGCAGUCGGAUGGUGCACGUGGCCGAGCGGUACGCUACGUCGAUUCGCUGGCGAUUGGAUACACUGCUGAGUGUGCUCAUUGCGGCUGGCAACUACGUGCGGGACGAUGUCGUGUCUUCCACCAUUCAGCUGAUUCUGAACAGCCCACCGGAAGAGCAGGCCUACAUCGGACUCCGACUGUGGGACUCGCUUCACAACAUUACCAACUCGUUCGAGGAUAAGCAACCUCUGCUGCAGGUGGCCGUUUGGACGAUCGGAGAGUACGGCGACCUGGUGUUGAGCAGCGAACGCAUUGAAGAUGUUGAAAUUCCUGCAGAGAGUGAACUGGUGGAACUGUACCAGAAGCUUCUGUGGUCUACAUCCGUGUCGACGGCUAGCAAACAGUACACGUUGGUGUCGCUGGCCAAGCUCAGCACUAGAAUCAACUCGAAAGAGGAGGAGGCUCGGGCGAAACAGAUCAUCGAAGCGUUCGGUUCACACCUACACAUCGAUCUGCAGCAGCGUGGUGUGGAGUUUUCACAGCUCUUCCGUGACUACAGCCAUCUGCGUCCGGCUCUGCUGGAAAAGAUGCCCAAGAUACAGAAAUCGCUGCCCAAUGGAAACGACAGCAGUGGCAUCUUCGACGAGCACUCGAAUAGUAUCGAUCUGAUCGAAGGUGACGACCUGGAAAGCAGCGGGUUGAUGUCCCUUUCCGGGGGAGGAGGAGGUGGCGGAAGCUUGAAAGUGGGGUCUGAUUCGAAUGCUCUUCUGGACCUCCUGGGAGGUGGAAGCGACGAUCCAGCCGAUGGCCUAGGCAUUGUUCCACCAACAAACUCCAUCAUCCCAACGGCGAACACCAACGGAAAGGCCCCCAUGCCGAGCAGUUCAAACAAUCAGGACCUGUUGGAUCUGCUCGGAGGGUUGGAUAUGCCGGCCAGUACUCCACCGGCAGCGAUUCCACCGUUGGGCGGCGGUAUUGGUUUGGACCUGAACAGUCUGAACGACAACAGUAUAAAGGCUGCCACGACAAGCACUCCCGCCGGAACGUUGCCAACGGGUAUGACGGGUUCGUCUUCGUUCGGCGGAUUGGACAAUCUGCUGAACUCGAACGUAACGUUGCCGGCGACGACAACAAUUCCAACGGGGCUGGCUUCACCGACCAGCCUCAUCAAUAGCAGUAGUACCGCCAAUAGCCUUUUCAGCGACUUCUCGUCGAUUAAUAAUAACGAGGAGCACGCGAAAACUCUAACAGCCUUAGAUAAGAACGGUCUACUUGUACAGUUAGUGGCGAAGAAUAGCGGUGGUUGUCUGCAGAUCGUCAUGACAGCUGUAAAUAACUCGUUAACCACACUAGAACAAUACCUUUUCCAGGCUGCCGUUCCCCGAAGCUUUACGUUACAAAUGCUAUCGCCGUCAGGUUCCACUCUUGCACCGGGAGGAACCAUCACUCAGGAGAUGCGAGUAACCAGCACUGCAAAGGCCACCCUCCGAAUGCGACUGCGGAUAUCCUACCAGUGCGAUGGCAAUCCCAUCCUGGAGCAGACCGAAGUGUCCGGAUUCCCCGAGGAACCCACACCGCUCGAAUGAGGUCCGAACUGGAACGUAAACAUAACAGUUAAGUUUUAGUUUGCUCGUCGGCCUGCCGUUUUGACGGCUUGGGAGCCGAAUUUCAGUUCAGGUUUCUUCUUCCGUCUUCAAACUGUGGUGAGUUUAUUGUGUAUGGACAAGAGUUUUGGUUUUAAGUGAUCUAGGGACAAUUUUUAACAAAGGCUAAUCGAACCCAUUGUGACAGAAAAGAAGCAGAAAAUCGUCAGUCCUUCCGAAAUCUACUCUACUUAGCCGGGUAACCAUUAGGGUCGUUUUAUUUGCUGCCACAUGGGGCACUUCUCAACACAGAAACUAGUUAACUAACCCCCCUAAAUCGCUAUGAAUUAUAUUAAAAUUAAUAAUCUAUAUAUAAAAAAAGAAAGUAAAACAAAAACACUACUAGUGAGAUAGAUAAUAUAUUCAUAAGAAAUAGCGUGUGGCAUGACUGCGAAUUAGAGGUGAGCUUCUGCUAGAGUGAUUGGACUUAGAAUGAGUAAAGUUGUAAAUAAUUCGUAAUGAAAACUGAAGGAGAAAAGCGAUAUUAAUAUUAGUACACCUUAGAACCGGAACGUGCAAGCAAGAAACCCCAUGUUUUUGAAACAACUAGUUACUCGGGAAAAUAAGAAGAAAAAGAAGAACGUUGGCUCAAACAGAGGACUCUGUCUCUAUGCUCGAUGACAUAUUUUUGAUUCUUGUGUAGUCUUUCGGUUUUCCACACGAAUUCGCUUUCAUAGUGUAAUUUCUCCAGACUAGCAAAGCGAUAAAAUACUAGAAGCAAGUGUACUGUUUUCCGUCCAAAUACACCCAAUUCGAUGCAUGAUGAAUGUGCGUGUGAAAAGAAAAAAAAAAAACGAUGGCGUGAGAUUCGGAGAAUUUCCGGCUUUUCUUCCUUGACUCGCAACAAGGUCGAGAAAAUCAAACUUAUGUGUAUGGCAAUGCUCUAAAGGGCAAAAGUUUCGCUUUCUAAAAUCAGACUUUUAAAACAUUCUUACUGCUAAGUUUCGACUAGUGUCUCUCCGUGUUCGAAUUCUGAGAUGAUGACAAUAUCUACUACUUAUCUAAACCUAUCUUAAACAGUUGUUUUACAUCCGAUAAAUCGGGACGUUUCAAUUUGUUUGACUCAGUCCGUUAUUACGCUUCACAGAUACGAAGAACGAACACAGUAUUUUUGUACCAUGAGGAAAAUUAGCGAUGUGAAGUCGAAGUUAUAAGGAAAAAAAAUGGAAGAAAAGCGAUAAAACAUGUUAUUCACAAUGAUGUUUAGAGAAACACAGACAACUACUAAAUUGAUAUGAAUGAAAUGUAGGGAUUAGAGGUGUGUGAAAGUAACC